AUGCCUGGACAUUUUGGCCAGAAAGUUCUCAAGGGUCUUGGCUUAGGUGAUCACCACCAGGCCUCGCCCGAUCAGCAGCAUCCGAGCCGAGGUGUGGUCAACGACGAUGAGCGCGGGUUGUCGUCGCCGCCCAACAACGGAACCUAUCCCCGCCUGGCCAAGCUCUCUGACGGGUCGAUCUUGUCGUCCUUCACGCGCUUUCCGAACCGCCAACAUGCGCUGUGCGUCGCAAGAAGUACUGAUGGCGGUCGCACAUUCGAGGACUUGGCGGAAGUGACGCGACGCGCGGGCGACGUGGAUAACAUGGUCCUGCUGGAGGUCAGCCCUGGCACGGUACUGGCGGCCUUUCGGAAUCAUGAUCUAGGGCCCGGCGGUCCCACGCACUUCCGCAUCACCGUCUGCCGAUCUACGGAUGGAGGACGCACCUGGAGGUUUGCAUCGCAAGCUGCGGAGAAGGGAGCGCCAUUGGGGAUCUGGGAGCCGUUCAUGCGACUUGGAGGUAGGGGUGAGGUUCAGCUCACAUACUCCCAAGAGUUUGCGCCCGACAAUCAAUGCACUAUGCUUGUCGUCUCUCAUGAUCAGGGGAGCACCUGGGGUCAACCGAUUUGCCUGCACGGUGAGCGAGAUCGGCUGCGGGAUGGGAUGAACGGCAUUGCACCCACUAUCGACGGCGGCCGCGAAGCACUAGUCAUGGUGUUUGAAACUACACGGUACGGUUCGUUUAAUGUUGAAGCCCUCAUCUCCUACGAUGACGGGGCGAGCUGGCACCAUCGCCAUGAGGUCUUCUGCCCUCCACGAGGACACAAUGCUGGAUCUCCCCAAAUCGCAUCUUUCGCAGACGGUUCCAUGGCAGUGGUGUUUAUGACGGACGAGGACUCCGCCAAGGUGGAGUGGACAAAGAAUGCAGCCAUCAAAGUUGUGUUUGCCGAUCCACCAAAUGAUGGUCACAUCCAGUGGAGUCGACCACAGCUCAUUUCUCCGGCGUCUAGUUUUUGGCCGGGCGUGAUGGCCCUCGAUCACCACACAGUUCUGGCUACUUAUGACCGAAGCGGACCCCAUGCCAAAACCAUUAGUUGGCAUCCACGGUAG